UCCUCUUUUAUACAAUGCUGAUUAGCCCUCCCAGACUGAGUUAAAGAGAGUUUCUUCUGCAAGCUUGUUAAAAGAGUCCAGACCAUCUCUUUUGUUUUGUUCCCAUACAUAUAAAUCUGCCAGUCAUUGUUAAAGAUGGGAUUUUUAGGUGCACUGGGUUUCCUUUUAUUUUCUGUAACUGUAAUUGAGAUGUCAUAUUUUCCAGCAAGUGGGCUCACAAUUACGGAAAUAAGUUCACCGUCCGCAACCGAGCUUCAGGUGAAAUGGACGCCAACCUCCGGUGUUAAUUAUUUUCUGGAUUUAAGGGUAGUAAACAGUACUAGUAUUGCACCAAUUGUGCUCUUCUUACCCGAAUCACCUACAGAAAGACUGGUCGGUGGCCUCAGACCUGCAACUGUUUAUAAUGUCACAGUUAAAUCCUCGAUAUUGUUCUACGUGGUAGAGUCUACCUGGAAAUUAGCGACAACAGUGCCUGGAACAUCUCAGAUAAUCGAAGCUGAUGCCACCUCAAGCAGUGCAAUCAGAGCGCAGUGGUCCGCGGUGACGGGCGCAGAACGCUAUUACCUGAUUGUUAAAUCAGACAAUGAAAACUACAACCUGACAUUUUCCACCCUGCAAGGGACAGUAACAAAUCUGCAACCGACCAAAACCUACAUGCUGAGUAUUUACUCUGCAAACGCAGGUGGCCUAGGAGCAUCGAGCAAAAUAAAAACCGUCACGACAUUGGUUCCACCGCCAACAGGUGCCACUCUUUCAAACAUUGGUGCGAAUGCAGUGCGUAUUGACUGGCAGCCAGUGGACAAGGUCAUUUUGUAUGGAGUAUUCAUCUAUAAGAAUGAGAACCUCAGCAGCACCCCGGACAUUUUAAAAACUACAGAUACCUUUAUUGUCAUUAAUAACCUUAUGACAUGCACCAACUACCUCUUUGGAUUAAGGGCCGCGAACAACUUUUUGAUUUUCGGAGAGGAAUCAUACAUCACUUAUAGGACUGGAAGUGCAGUCCCAGUUACAACCAUUCAAGCAAACUACAGCUGUGUCGAUAGCUCUUCAACUGUGACGUGGAAUCCCAGCUCAGGUGCAACUUCGUACAGAGCCUCUGCUACCACUCAGAAUGGGACGACAGCCCUCUCCUGCACUACAAAAACAACCAGCUGCAAGAUCACGGGGCUGAAGUGUGGAGCAAAGUACACUGUGCAUGUCUUUGCACUGGUUGGCAUUUGUGAAAAUGUUGCGGAAUCAACUGCUGUCUUUCAAACAGUUCCUUGUGCACCUAUAAAUCUAUCCAUCUACCGGGACUGCUACAGCAAUGUUGUUUUCUUUUACUGGGACAGAACUCCCAACACUGACUUCUACUCAGCAAUAGCCCUGGGGGCAGAUGGGGUGGCGAUGGAAUGCAGGACCACAGACACCUCCUGCGUCUUCACAGAUUUAAACUGUGGAAUGGAGUACAUUUUCAGAGUCUCCUCAGUAAAAGGAGAAUGCAGCAGUGCCAACAGCGCUGCUGCUAGAGCUCGUACAGCACCUUGUGAGCCAACAAAUAUGAAAACCAUAGCAGACUGCCAAUCCAACACGAUGAUUUCAUCGUGGGACUCUGCGGCAGGCGCCUUGUCUUACACGGUGGAAGCCACGGCCAACACAGGAAAGCGGUACAGCUGCAGCUCCUUCUCCAACAGCUGUGCCAUGCCAGGCGUGCCGUGUGGCGAGAGUUUAAGCGCUUGGAUUAUAGCAUCAGAUAAUCAGUGCACAAGUGCUCAAGCUCUCGGUGAAGUGGCAGAAACAGUACCAUGCAGCCCUACGAACGUCACAGCUGACAGUGGCUGCAGCACGGACUCCCUGUCAGUGUCAUGGAGCUACAGUAGUGGAGCUCUUAUGUACUUUGCCACUGUUGAAGGAUCAGAUGGCACCCAGCAUUCCUGCGCUGCUCGUGACACACAGUGCCAAAUCACAGCUCUGGAGUGCGGGCAGUCAUACACUGUCUAUGUUACAGCAACCAAUCUCAAAUGCAACAGCUCUCGGAGUUCCACAGUGACUGUUAAGACAGCUCCUUGUUCACCAGUAUUAAAUGAGGCUUUUCUGGAAUGUUCUGCUAAUCUGGUUUUGGUGCUGUGGAAUCAGAGUCCAGGAGCCGAGUCCUACACUGCUACACUGCAAUCUAGCGAUGGGAGCAACCUGACCUGCAAUACCAUGUUUACCAACUGUAUCAUUCCUGAUCUCAAAUGUGGGGUGCAGUACAUGGUCACUGUAAUCUCCCGUGAUGGAAAAUGUGCAAGUUCUAAAUCAAAAAGCAUUCAAAUGACAUCUGUGCCGUGUAUCCCUGAGAAUAUCAAGACCCGCACUGAUUGCAAAACUGGAAUUGUCAAAGUAUUGUGGGAUCCCAGCACAGGAGCGGAAGUGCACAGUGCCAUAGUGGAAGCUGAAAAUGGGAUCUGGAAGUAUUGCAGCUCUACAGGCACAAGCUGUGACAUUGCAGGGCUACAGUGUGGUCAGUCCCACACUGUUUUAGUGAUGUCAUCAAAUGGCACAUGCUAUAGUCAACCGAGUCAACGUGAAAAAAUUCAGGAAGUGCCUUGUGCUCCCUCAAACGUGAAUGGAAAUUUGGACUGUGAAAACAACACUGUGCACGUCUCAUGGAAUCGCUCAUCUACAGCCACGUCGUACACGGCAACAGUAACAGGUCGGAAUAAUUUCACAGAAUCCUGCUCCACUGGGAACUUAACCUGCAGUAUCGGCAGGUUGCAGUGUGCAGAACAGUACAACAUAACUGUGCUGGCAAAGAACGGAGAAUGCAGCAGUCCUCAGGCUUCUUCUGCUUCCGUAAAGACAGCACCCUGUGCCCCCACUAUAACUGAGGGAAGAGUUGACUGUGAAAGUAAUACUGCUUCAGUGUCGUGGGUGCCGAGAAACACAGCUGUGUCCUAUACAUUGAUUGCCAGAGGAGCAAAUGGGCACCAGGUAUCAUGCAGCGCUACCAAUACUACCUGCAGCCUCAACGGUAUGCAAUGUGGGCAGACUUACACUGCGUAUGCCACAGCCCAGGGAGGGCAGUGUGAAAGUGCAAAGAGCGCAGGUUACAACAUUGUUGCAGUGCCCUGUGCACCUACAAAUGUGGAGACACGCCUGGACUGUGGUGCUAACAUUGCCUCUAUCUUGUGGGCUCAGAGUAAGGGAGCAGUGUCCUACACAGCCACUGCAAAAGCAAGCAGUGGACGCCUUUUCUCCUGCAAUUCAACAGGCACAAUCUGUAACAUCACAUCUUUACUGUGCGGACAGAAAUACACAGUCACUGUGAUGGGACUGGGCAAUAAUUGUAACAGUGUCAGAAGCAACGCUACUGAAAUAGAAACAGUCCCCUGUCCACCUCAGAAUGUAAAUGCCACCCUGGACUGUGCCAGCAAGAAUGCUUCAGUGUCCUGGAGUGCUAGCCAAGGUGCGGUGUCCUACAGGGUGGCUGCAGUGAGGACGGAUGGACAAACUGAAGCAGCCUGCAGCACCCAGAGCAACAACUGUGAUGUCUCGAACCUGCAGUGUGGAUUGAAAUAUAACAUCACAGUGACUCCGCUGGGACAAAAGUGCACCGGGUUCCAGAGCGCUGCUUUCCAACUCGCAUCAAGGCCAUGUCCUCCAACUAACAUUUUAACCACACUGGACUGCAGAACUAACAUUGGAUCGGUAUCCUGGAAGCAUGAAUUGGGGGCAGAACUCUUUAUUGCAACAGCAACUGAGAAUGAUGGACACACGCACACUUGCAACGCAAGUCAAUCAACAUGUAACUUUACAGACCUGCACUGCGGGAGUACAUACACUGUAACUGUGGUAGCAGUGGUGGGAGUCUGCAAGAGUUCAGACAGCGUUGGUCGUGAAAUUAAAACAGCACCAUGUGCCCCCACUAUAACUGCGGGAAGAGUUGACUGUGAAAGUAAUAAUGCUUCAGUGUCGUGGGUGCAGAGGAACGCAGCUGUGUCCUAUACAUUGACUGCCAGAGGAGCAAAUGGGCACCAGGUAUCAUGCAGCGCUACCAAUACUACCUGCAGCCUCAACGGUAUGCAAUGUGGGCAGACUUACACUGCGUAUGCCACAGCCCAGGGAGGGCAGUGUGAAAGUGCAAUGAGCGCAGGUUACAACAUUGUUGCAGUGCCCUGUGCACCUACAAAUGUGGAGACACGCCUGGACUGUGGUGCUAACAUUGCCUCUGUCUUGUGGGCUCAGAGUAAGGGAGCAGUGUCCUACACAGCCACUGCAAAAGCAAGCAGUGGACGCCUUUUCUCCUGCAAUUCAACAGGCACCAUGUGUAACAUCACAUCUUUACUGUGCGGACAGAAAUACACAGUCACUGUGACGGGACUGGGCAAUAAUUGUAACAGUGUUAGAAGCAACGCCACUGAAAUAGAAACAGCCCCAUGUCCCCCUCAGAAUGUAAAUGCCACUCUGGACUGUGCCAGCAAGAAUGCUUCAGUGUCCUGGAGUGCUAGCCAAGGUGCAGUGUCCUACAGGGUGGCUGCAGUGAGGACGGACGGACAAACUGAAGCAGCCUGCAGCACCCAGAGUAACAACUGUGAUGUCUCGAACCUGCAGUGUGGAUUGAAAUAUAACAUCACAGUGACUCCGCUGGGACAAAAGUGCACCGGGUUCCAGAGCGCUGCUUUCCAACUCGCAUCAAGGCCAUGUCCUCCAACUAACAUUUUAACCACACUGGACUGCAGAACUAACAUUGGAUCGGUAUACUGGAAGCAUGAACUGGGAGCAGAACUCUUUAUUGCAACAGCAACUGAGAAUGAUGGACACACGCACACUUGCAACGCAAGUCAAUCAACAUGUAACUUUACAGACCUGCACUGCGGGAGUACAUACACUGUAACUGUGGUAGCAGUGGUGGGAGUCUGCAAGAGUUCAGACAGCGUUGGUCGUGAAAUUAAAACAGCACCAUGUGCCCCCACUAUAACUGCGGGAAGAGUUGACUGUGAAAGUAAUAAUGCUUCAGUGUCGUGGGUGCAGAGGAACACAGCUGUGUCCUAUACAUUGACUGCCAGAGGAGCAAAUGGGCACCAGGUAUCAUGCAGCGCUACCAGUACUACCUGCAGCCUCAACGGUAUGCAAUGUGGGCAGACUUACACUGCGUAUGCCACAGCCCAGGGAGGGCAGUGUGAAAGUGCAAUGAGCGCAGGUUACAACAUUGUUGCAGUGCCCUGUGCACCUACAAAUGUGGAGACACGCCUGGACUGUGGUGCUAACAUUGCCUCUGUCUUGUGGGCUCAGAGUAAGGGAGCAGUGUCCUACACAGCCACUGCAAAAGCAAGCAGUGGACGCCUUUUCUCCUGCAAUUCAACAGGCACCAUUUGUAACAUCACAUCUUUACUCUGCGGACAGAAAUACACAGUCACUGUGACGGGACUGGGCAAUAAUUGUAACAGUUUUAGAAGCAACGCCACUGAAAUAGAAACAGCCCCCUGUCCACCUCAGAAUGUAAAUGCCACCCUGGACUGUGCCAGCAAGAAUGCUUCAGUGUCCUGGAGUGCUAGCCAAGGUGCGAUGUCCUACAGGGUGGCUGCAGUGAGGACGGAUGGACAAACUGAAGCCGCCUGCAGCACCCAGAGUAACAACUGUGAUGUCUCGAACCUGCAGUGUGGAUUGAAAUAUAACAUCACAGUGACUCCGCUGGGACAAAAGUGCACCGGGUUCCAGAGCGCUGCUUUCCAACUCGCAUCAAGGCCAUGUCCUCCAACUAACAUUUUAACCACACUGGACUGCAGAACUAACAUUGGAUCGGUAUCCUGGAAGCAUGAAUUGGGAGCAGAACUCUUUAUUGCAACAGCAACUGAGAAUGAUGGACACACGCACACUUGCAACGCAAGUCAAUCAACAUGUAACUUUACAGACCUGCACUGCGGGAGUACAUACACUGUAACUGUGGUAGCAGUGGUGGGAGUCUGCAAGAGUUCAGACAGCGUUGGUCGUGAAAUUAAAACAGCACCAUGUGCCCCCACUAUAACUGCGGGAAGAGUUGACUGUGAAAGUAAUAAUGCUUCAGUGUCGUGGGUGCAGAGAAACGGAGCUGUGUCCUAUACAUUGACUGCCAGAGGAGCAAAUGGGCACCAGGUAUCAUGCAGCGCUACCAAUACUACCUGCAGCCUCAACGGUAUGCAAUGUGGGCAGACUUACACUGCGUAUGCCACAGCCCAGGGAGGGCAGUGUGAAAGUGCAAAGAGCGCAGGUUACAACAUUGUUGCAGUGCCCUGUGCACCUACAAAUGUGGAGACACGCCUGGACUGUGGUGCUAACAUUGCCUCUGUCUUGUGGGCUCAGAGUAAGGGAGCAGUGUCCUACACAGCCACUGCAAAAGCAAGCAGUGGACGCCUUUUCUCCUGCAAUUCAACAGGCACCAUUUGUAACAUCACAUCUUUACUGUGCGGACAGAAAUACACAGUCACUGUGACGGGACUGGGCAAUAAUUGCAACAGUUUUAGAAGCAACGCCACUGAAAUAGAAACAGUCCCCUGUCCACCUCAGAAUGUAAAUGCCACCCUGGACUGUGCCAGCAAGAAUGCUUCAGUGUCCUGGAGUGCUAGCCAAGGUGCGAUGUCCUACAGGGUGGCUGCAGUGAGGACGGAUGGACAAACUGAAGCAGCCUGCAGCACCCAGAGUAACAACUGUGAUGUCUCGAACCUGCAGUGUGGAUUGAAAUAUAACAUCACAGUGACUCCGCUGGGACAAAAGUGCACCGGGUUCCAGAGCGCUGCUUUCCAACUCGCAUCAAGGCCAUGUCCUCCAACUAACAUUUUAACCACACUGGACUGCAGAACUAACAUUGGAUCGGUAUCCUGGAAGCAUGAAUUGGGGGCAGAACUCUUUAUUGCAACAGCAACUGAGAAUGAUGGGCACACGCACACUUGCAACGCAAGUCAAUCAGCAUGUAACUUUACAGACCUGCACUGCGGGAGUACAUACACUGUAACUGUGGUAGCAGUGGUGGGAGUCUGCAAGAGUUCAGACAGCGUUGGUCGUGAAAUUAAAACAGCACCAUGUGCCCCCACUAUAACUGCGGGAAGAGUUGACUGUGAAAGUAAUAAUGCUUCAGUGUCGUGGGUGCAGAGAAACGGAGCUGUGUCCUAUACAUUGACUGCCAGAGGAGCAAAUGGGCACCAGGUAUCAUGCAGCGCUACCAAUACUACCUGCAGCCUCAACGGUAUGCAAUGUGGGCAGACUUACACUGCGUAUGCCACAGCCCAGGGAGGGCAGUGUGAAAGUGCAAUGAGCGCAGGUUACAACAUUGUUGCAGUGCCCUGUGCACCUACAAAUGUGGAGACACGCCUGGACUGUGGUGCUAACAUUGCCUCUAUCUUGUGGGCUCAGAGUAAGGGAGCAGUGUCCUACACAGCCACUGCAAAAGCAAGCAGUGGACGCCUUUUCUCCUGCAAUUCAACAGGCACCAUUUGUAACAUCACAUCUUUACUGUGCGGACAGAAAUACACAGUCACUGUGACGGGACUGGGCAAUAAUUGCAACAGUUUUAGAAGCAACGCCACUGAAAUAGAAACAGCCCCCUGUCCACCUCAGAAUGUAAAUGCCACCCUGGACUGUGCCAGCAAGAAUGCUUCAGUGUCCUGGAGUGCUAGCCAAGGUGCGAUGUCCUACAGGGUGGCUGCAGUGAGGACGGAUGGACAAACUGAAGCCGCCUGCAGCACCCAGAGUAACAACUGUGAUGUCUCGAACCUGCAGUGUGGAUUGAAAUAUAACAUCACAGUGACUCCGCUGGGACAAAAGUGCACCGGGUUCCAGAGCGCUGCUUUCCAACUCGCAUCAAGGCCAUGUCCUCCAACUAACAUUUUAACCACACUGGACUGCAGAACUAACAUUGGAUCGGUAUCCUGGAAGCAUGAAUUGGGGGCAGAACUCUUUAUUGCAACAGCAACUGAGAAUGAUGGGCACACGCACACUUGCAACGCAAGUCAAUCAGCAUGUAACUUUACAGACCUGCACUGCGGGAGUACAUACACUGUAACUGUGGUAGCAGUGGUGGGAGUCUGCAAGAGUUCAGACAGCGUUGGUCGUGAAAUUAAAACAGCACCAUGUGCCCCCACUAUAACUGCGGGAAGAGUUGACUGUGAAAGUAAUAAUGCUUCAGUGUCGUGGGUGCAGAGAAACGGAGCUGUGUCCUAUACAUUGACUGCCAGAGGAGCAAAUGGGCACCAGGUAUCAUGCAGCGCUACCAAUACUACCUGCAGCCUCAACGGUAUGCAAUGUGGGCAGACUUACACUGCGUAUGCCACAGCCCAGGGAGGGCAGUGUGAAAGUGCAAUGAGCGCAGGUUACAACAUUGUUGCAGUGCCCUGUGCACCUACAAAUGUGGAGACACGCCUGGACUGUGGUGCUAACAUUGCCUCUGUCUUGUGGGCUCAGAGUAAGGGAGCAGUGUCCUACACAGCCACUGCAAAAGCAAGCAGUGGACGCCUUUUCUCCUGCAAUUCAACAGGCACCAUCUGUAACAUCACAUCUUUACUGUGCGGACAGAAAUACACAGUCACUGUGACGGGACUGGGCAAUAAUUGCAACAGUGUCAGAAGCAACGCCACUGAAAUAGAAACAGUUCCCUGUGUGCCGGAUAAUUUAACUGUACAAAUGCAGUGUGCUACAAAUUCUGCUCUCUUGUCCUGGGAUCAAAGCAACAGAACCCUGCAAUACUUUGUUUCUGCCAUUGCAAGUGGUGGAGAAAAACUAUCUUGCAAUUCCCAAAAACCUGGCUGCACCAUAGACAGGUUGACUUGUGGCACCAAAUACAAUUUCACUGUGACAGCUUCUAACGGUGUCUGUAACAGCUCGUUCAGUGUGCCGGUCAUCGCUGGGGCAGUCCCCUGCCCACCGCAGAGUGUGGCGCUGUCACUGCUGCUCUUGGUGGAUGCGGUUCAGGAGGUGAAGGUGGGGUGGAGUGCAGUCCAGUGUGCCGGGGUGGAGUACUCGGUGGAGAUGCGCGGACUGAUCGAAGAUGACCCCCAGGCUCAGUUCAUCUUGACCUCCUACUGGACCAGUGCCACAUACUUCUUCAUCCCAGUGCCGUGUAGCUCUACCUACAACGCGACUGUCACCUCCAGGAACUCAGCAGGGAUUGGCUACCCCAGUCCUCCCAUUCAAGGGCUCGCAGUUCCCUGUCCCCCAAGGGGUGUUACAUUUUACACAGAAGGCACUUCAUGGGUCAUUUCAUGGAAUGCAUCAGUUUACGCCACGGGAUAUGUAGUAUAUAGCUCCAAAAACCAAAGAACCGAGCUCUGCAGAACAUCACGCUUUUCAUGUACUGUACCGAAGAAGCAAAAUGACACAAUUGAGGUUACUGCUGUUAAUUCUGCUGGAGAAAGUGAACCAAGUGUGGAAAUUCUUGUUCAAGACACUAAUUUAAAACGCAGAAGAAGAGAUCUACAAGAGGAUACUGGAACUUAUAAAGGUGACCUGUUAGCUCCUGAAGUGCAUGUAGUCAGUGUGACUGGGGACACACUGCAUGUGGAGUGGACACCAGUCGAGGGUGCCACUUAUUAUGUCCUGAUUGUCAACGUCACUGAAACCAAACCAUUCAAACCGCUUGUCCAGGCUGUACAGGGUUCAAGCGCAAAGGUUACCGGUCUUCUGCCUUUGACACAAUAUAGUAUAAGGGUCUCAGCAAAGGACUACAACAGAAGCAGCCAAUACUCUGAUCCAGUCCUGAUCACCACAGAUUGCACAUCCCCAUUCCAGACUACUGAACAGUUAUAAUCAAUAUUCUGCAUCAAUUUGCUGCUGUGCACUUUCGAUUGUAACCUGUGAUUUCUUGCGUUUGUAACCUGAGAAUGUAUUAAUCAAGUACGCAAAAUAAUUUAAAUGGUCUAUAAUAUAUAUAUAUAUAUAUAAUAUAUAUAUAUAUAUAUAUAUAUAUAUACACACACACACACAUUCAAAAUCUAUAGCAAAUUUAAGAUUUUUUUUUGUUUUCAAUAUAGGAAUGUACUGAUGCUGGACUGUCAAUGCUUGGUCUCUAAGUAGGCUAUUUGGGCUUAUUAUUAAGUAGGUCACCAUUAUAUAUUUACUUUUGUGUAUGUAACCAUAUGAAUAAAAAGGUUGAUUAUUACAUUUACUUACAAUGAAGAGUUUUGCGGGAGAUUUAUAAAAAUGAUUUAACAAAGCAAUAAAGUACAGCAGUUACACUGUACCCGAAAA